GCUUUUGGGUGCUGAUGGGUAGAGAUCUGGGAUAAUCCCUUGGUUGGUUCGUCAGAAGCCAUGUGCUCACUCUCAUCAGCAGCUACUGUUUAAGCAAGAGAGAGAGGGAGAGAGUGCCGGAGGGCGACGGAGAGUGAGAAUGAUGGAGAUGGCAGGGAGAAGUGAAAGAGCAAAGGAUAGAAAGAGGAAAGUUGGGGGUGGAGUUUCUGCGCAUGUGUGUGUGUGUGUGCAUGCGACGUCAGAGCCGCUUGUUGGAUUGAGGAGCGGUGCCCCGCUGGGAGUAAUCCUGACGAUUAGUGCAGAGAGGACCGGCACCUGUGCUGCACUGCCACACAAUUUUUCUCUCUCUCGUACACACACACACAACCACACAUACACACACACACACACACAGCAAACUCUUUUUUGUUUUUUACAGAGGAGCAGAUCAAAGGCAUAUUCUCAAGACAACAAAUCCAAGAUCAUUACUGGAAGUAGAGGAAAUAAAGGGAGUAAGACGGAAAAAGUUUUUUUCUCCCCAGAAGGAAGGCCACGCCAAGGGAAAUUCAUGCAAAUCCACAGGGGAGCUCACCUUGACGGAGAGAGAGGCAGGUGGAUGUCGUAGCUGGCCCAGCUCUCUCCCCCCUGACUCGGCGCACACGUCCCUCUCCUGUGACAGCACUCUAGGCUCCCCGCUCCGACCAUGCCCACCAAUGGGAUCAGCAAAGCCCUCAAGCUCCAGUUCGGCCUCAUCAACCACCAGAGCCGCUACCUGACGGCCGAGGCCUUCGGCUUCAAGGUGAACGCGUCGGGCUCCAGCCUGAAGAAGAAGCAGAUCUGGACGCUCGAGCAGGACGAGCAGGAUAGCCAGGUGGUGUUCAUGCGCUCGCACCUGGGCCGCUACCUGGCUUCCAACAAGGACGGCAAGGUGAGCUGCGUGGCGGAGAGCCCCAACGCCGAUUGCCGCUUCCUGAUUGUGGCGCAGAGCGACGGCCGCUGGGCACUGCAGUCCGAGCCGUACCUGCGCUACUUCGGCGGUUCGGCCGACUACCUGUCGUGCUUCGCGCAGGCCAUCGGCGAGACGGAGCUGUGGGCCAUGCACCUGGCGCUGCACCCCCAGGCCAACCUGCUCAGCGUGACCCGCAAGCGAUACGCCCACCUGUCGCCGCCCGACAGCGAGGUCUCGGUGGACAGCAACAUCCCCUGGGGCGUGGACUCCCUGAUCACGCUCUUCUACCAGGACGGUAAGUACUGCCUGAAGACCUGCGACAGCCGCUUCCUCUGUUCCAACGGCAAGCUGGUGAAGGUGAGCAACCCCCAGACCAGCUUCACCCUGGAGCUCAAGUCCGGCAAGCUGGCCUUCAAGGACUUUGAAGGGAAGUACCUGACGCCCAUGGGCCCCACGGGGACGCUGCGCUCCGGACGCUGCUCCAAACCUGGCAAGGACGAGCUCUUUGACCUGGAGGAGAGCCACCCACAGGUGGUGUUCCAGGCAGCCAACCACCGAUUUGUUUCCACACGUCAAGGAGUGAGCAUAUCGGCAAAUCAGGAUGCGGAAACAGACAUGGAGACCUUUCAGAUGGAGAUUGAUAAAGAGAGCAAGAAGUGCAUGUUCAGGACCAAUGGGGGAAACUACUGGACUCUGGUGUCACAUGGAGAAAUUCAGUCCACAGCUACAGAGAUAGAGGCGAACACCAUGUUUGACAUCCAGUGGCUUGACCGCAGGGUGGCCCUGAAGGCAAAUAAUGGGAAGUUCGUCUGCACUAAGAAGAACGGCCAGCUGGCUGCCGUCAGCGACUCAGUAGGAGAUGACGAGCAGUUCCUGAUGAAGCUCAUUAACAGGCCCAUCCUAAUCCUCCGUGGGGAGAAUGGCUUUGUGUGUCACCAUAAAAGCUCCAACACCCUGGAUGCUAACCGCUCCGUCUAUGACAUAUUUGCUUUGCUCUUUAGUGACGGUGCAUAUCACAUCAAAUCAGGUAGUGGGACAUUCUGGUAUGUAUCCAGCAGUGGCCUGGUCUGCUCUGACGGGGACAAGCCCGAGGACUUCUUCCUGGAAUUCCUGGAGCACGGCCGCAUCGCCAUUAAGAGCAAGAGCGGCAAGUACCUACGUGGAGACCAGGGUGGAACACUGAAGGGUGAUGCUGACAAAAUCAAUAUGUCUUCACUAUGGGAAUACUGAAGCCUGGAGUGUAUUUCUACUCUCUCAUCCUUUAACGCCCAACCCUAUAUAGCCAUUGCCUCCAAAACAUACACCUCUCCUGGUCAUGACCUCCUGUCUCUUCCCCUGAACCUUAUUCCUUUCUCUCGAAGCCCUCCCCUCUCUCCGUUCCAUGCCCCUUAAUUCAAAAUCACUUGGCUGAGGACACCCUCUUUUGUCAAAAAGUGAAUUAGGUGGUAGGUGGAAAUGUGAUCAUGUUUUCCUUUUCCUUCUUUUUUUCUAAACCAGAGUUGUGGGUACCCUUAAUCACCUUUGCCAACCUGUACGGAUUAAUGAGAACAGUUUGUAAAUCUGUAAACUGUCUGGUACACACAGUUAACUGUUUGUAUUGAAUGUUAAGGCCAUGUUGACUUCAGAGUGUUUUUUACAUGAUUUGCCCUCACAGAGUUCAUGGUAAAGGCUAUUUUUGAAAGAUUUACAUUAUUUACUUAGGAAUCCUUGUGAAGAGAACUGUACUUCCUUCUAUUCUCUAUCCCUACUUCUUUUUAAAAUAAUUGGUGGCGUCUGAAUACUAUACUAAGUUUGACGUGAGGAAAAAACAAGGACUAAAACUGAUGGGACACGAGAGUCCAGGUCUAUUCAGCAAAUGGUUAGCUUGUAAAUGGAAAAAUAUAAUACAAUUCUUAGCCUGUCCAUGGAUGCAGUUAAAAAACAGUGGUCUUCAAUCAGGGGUGUCUAGAUGAACCUGCAAUAGCCACUUGAUGUUGACUUUUAACAAACCUGUAGAUUAAUUGCCCCCCUCCAUCUCAUUCCUCUCUCCAACGCAAGCCAGUUCUUCAUGUGUAUCAGAAUUGCUAAUUCUGACAGAUGUACAUACUGUAGAUAUGGCAGAGAAUAUAGCAAAAAGUCAUGUAUUUUCAGUGUCUUUGUGAAUGGGAGAUGUAUUUAUUUACCAAUAACUGUCCAAAAGCGCCAAAGGUCACAUUGUCAAAAGUGACUGUAAAGACUUUUGUUUUAUGGAAGUUGGUUGUGAGUUCAUGACUAUUCCAUUCCAUGUCUUCCAUCUAUUCCUUUAUUAGAAAUAUGACAUGGCAAAGACCUGUCUGAAAUAGUUUUGGACUGAAAACCAUUUAGGACAUUUCUGUAAAGAUCAAACUCCAUUGGGUGAACUUUCGUUGGCUGUUCUUUUUCCUUUGACUUGAUGAUUAUGUCUGCUCAACAUUAUUUUCUAUUUGGCCUAUAAUGUCUGAUAUCCUGUACGCCAUAGCUUUAAUAAAUGACAUUUGUAUGAUC